CAGACAGCUGGAUGCCCUGUAGCAGCUUCAGAGGCUGUGCUGAGGAACACCUAGUUACCACGGUGAUGAUGAACAGCCUCAGUCACGUAGCCACACCCACCCGGAGAGGAGCAUCCUCUGGUCAGGGGCUGUAUACAUCUGGUCGAUCUACUCCAAGGCUGUCCUCCCGUCCUACCAGUGCUCUGUCUCACCCUGUCUCUGGCACCAUGUCCCGUCCUCUGUCUCGCCCUGUCUCUGGCACCAUGUCCCAUCCCGUGUCCCGUCCUCUGUCUCACCCUGUCUCUGGCACCAUGUCCCAUCCUCUGUCUCGCCCUGUCUCUGGCACCAUGUCCCAUCCCGUGUCCCGUCCUCUGUCUCGCCCUGUCUCUGGCACCAUGUCCCAUCCCGUGUCCCGUCCUCUGUCUCGCCCUGUCUCUGGCACCAUGUCCCAUCCCGUGUCCCGUCCUCUGUCUCACCCUGUCUCUGGCACCAUGUCCCGUCCUCUGUCUCGCCCUGUCUCUGGCACCAUGUCCCAUCCCGUGUCCCGUCCUCUGUCUCGCCCUGUCUCUAGCACCAUGUCCCAUCCCGUGUCCCGUCCUCUGUCUCGCCCUGUCUCUGGCACCAUGUCCCAUCCCGUGUCCCGUCCUCUGUCUCGCCCUGUCUCUGGCACCAUGUCCCAUCCCGUGUCCCGUCCUCUGUCUCGCCCUGUCUCUGGCACCAUGUCCCAUCCCGUGUCCCGUCCUCUGUCUCGGGCGGCUAAGGAGAUCCUGGACAUCUGUCUCGUGGACCAGACCGGCUGUGAGGACACUGACCUGGAGCAGGACAUAGACACACAGGCUCUCAGCAGCCUGGUGGAGGAGUUCCGAUUGAUGGCUACAGAAUAUCUCCCAGAUUCAGAUCUGUCCCAGGUGUCCACCUCUGCGGGGGGCGGAGCUGAAACAGAGGGGCGUGUCAGGAGGCGGGGCUCCCUCCGACUCGGAGCCAGCGAGUGUCAUUCAGAUGAGGAGGAGGAGACUCUGAGAGACAAGCAGAGUGUCCUGUCACUUCCCUGACCCAUCACACUCUCAACAUGGUAGCACUCAGGAGACACUCUCAACAUGGUAACACUCAGGAGACACUCUCAACAUGGUAGCACUCAGGAGACACUCUCAACAUGGUAACACUCAGGAGACACUCUCAACAUGGUAACACUCAGGAGACACUCUCAGCAUGGUAACACUCAGGAGACACUCUCAACAUGGUAACACUCAGGAGACACUCUCAGCAUGGUAACACUCAGGAGACACUAUCAACAUGGUAGCACUCAGGAGACACUCUCAACAUGGUAGCACUCAGGAGACACUAUCAACAUGGUAACACUCAGGAGACACUCUCAACAUGGUAACACUCAGGAGACACUAUCAGCAUGGUAACACUCAGGAGACACUCUCAGCAUGGUAACACUCAGGAGACACGCUCAGCAUGGUAACACUCAGGAGACACUAUCAGCAUGGUAACACUCAGGAGACACUCUCAACAUGGUAACACUCAGGAGACACGCUCAGCAUGGUAACACUCAGGAGACACUAUCAGCAUGGUAACACUCAGGAGACACUCUCAGCAUGGUAGCACUCAGGAGACACUAUCAACAUGGUAAAACACACACCCAGGUCUACACUGCCUCUGGUACUGGUACUGGUACUGGUUGAGCUGAACCCUCACCAUGCAGGUCUACACUGCCUCUGGUACUGGUACUGGUACUGGUUGAGCUGAACCCUCACCAUGCAGGUCUACACUGCCUCUGGUACUGGUACUGGUACUGGUUGAGCUGAACCCUCACCAUGCAGGUCUACACUGCCUCUGGUACUGGUACUGGUACUGGUACUGGUACUGGUACUGGUUGAGCUGAACCCUCACCAUGCAGGUCUACACUGCCUCUGGUACUGGUACUGGUACUGGUUGAGCUGAACCCUCACCAUGCAGGUCUACACUGUGUUGCUGUGAUGCUGUGAUACUGUCAUGCUCUGAUACUGUGAUGCUCUGAUACUGUGAUGCUGUCAUGCUCUGAUACUGUGAUGCUGUCAUGCUCUGAUACUGUGAUGCUCUGAUACUGUGAUGCUGUCAUGCUCUGAUACUGUGAUGCUGUCAUGCUCUGAUACUGUGAUGCUGUCAUGCUGUGAUACUGUCAUGCUCUGAUACUGUGAUGCUGUCAUGCUGUGAUAUAACAUGUUUCAUUUGCCAGGUUCAUUUCAUAGGCCGUUUCAUUUGAUCCUUGUGUUCAGAAAGGUUGAAUAUUUGGUAAUGUGCAGUGCUGUGGUAUUGUAAUAAAAGUAGAUUAUUGGUU